AUGCGCUCCGCCAUGCCGCCGCCACCACCUCACGGCGGCCACGCCAUGAAACUCAGCCUGCUCGUCAUCUCCGGCAUCGUUUUCGUCGUCUUCCUCGCCUCCGUCGCCAUCCACUUCCUCCUCCGAUGCCUCUCCCGGGGGGCCUCGUCGUCGUCGCCAUCGCCAGGCGCUUCCCGGCAGAUGAUCCUCGUCCACCGCGGUUCCUCCUCCUCCGCGGUAGCGGCGGCGGAAACGCCGCCGGCGCCAUCGUCGCCGACGGGGCGAAGCCACCGCCGCGGCCGCGACGACGACGAUCAGAAGAUACUCAUCGAAUCUCUGCCCCUCUUCACUCACAGAUCCUCCAUCACCGUCCUCCCGAAGCUCUCGCAGGACUGCGCCGUCUGCCUCUCCGGCUUCCGUUCCGACGACCAGCUCCGGAUCCUCCCUUACUGCUGCCACGCCUUCCACUCCUCCUGCAUUGACACCUGGCUUGGAUCCAGCCUCUCCUGCCCCCUCUGCCGCACCUCCAUCCUGCAGGGACCUCUUCCGCCGCCGCCUCCAGCGCCUCCUCCUCCUCUGCCGCUGCCGGCGCCGGAGACAGCGGCGGCAACAUCGGCGGCCUUGGCGACGACAGCGAGAUCCGACGCUUCUGGAAGCAUCCAGAUCGAGAUCGGCAGCCUCAGCCGCAGGAUAACCGUCGACGGCGACGCGCCACCGCUCCAGUGGCGCACUCUCUCCCUCUCCUCCGUGGGAUCAUCCUUCGAGCGCGUGACGGAGGAGGAGAUGGAGGCAAUACUCGCCGCCCUGGGGGAGGAGAGCCGGCAGCAGAAUCACAAAGAAGAGAAGAAGAACCUGCGCGACGGUGCUCCGGCCCGGCGGGAGGAAGAACCGGCGGAGGCCGCCCGCGGUGGCGGCAGCGGAGGGAGCAGGAACUGGCUCAGGGACCAUCUGGAUCGGAUGGUGUCCUCCGCUUCCUCGUCCUUCUCCUCGAUCAGAUUCUCCAGGAGGAGCAGCCGCCGCCACGAAGGGGACGCCGCUAGCGUCGGAGGCGGCGUUGAUCUAGAGUGGAGCCACCGGCGGCAGGCGGAGGACGAGGCGGCCGUCGGCGCGUUCUUCAGUUCCUUCUACUGGUGGCUCGUCGGGGAGUGA